AAUAGGAAGAGAUCGAUAGAAGAGGAGUUACGGCAGAAGCUACAAAAAACUGGGAGGAAGUAAGAACAAUGCCUUAAACUACGUUAUUGUUUCUAGCCUACGUAUGGCCGCACCGUACACGCCCCGCACCCCUCCCCCACUCCCCCAGCUCAAAUAGGCAAAUUUCGUACUCUUUAACUGGGCAUAAAGGCCGUUAGUUUUAUGCGAUUCACGCAAAUUGUACCUUGUUUUAAACCUGAAGUCGCAUAGAAUUCGCUAAAAUUUUUUAACAAACCCAGGGUGAUAUGCACUUUAAGAAAUGUUUUCUUAUUUGUUGCAGGAUGUUGAAAGGAACACCGAGCCGGAACAUGAAAGGCCUGAUCUCAUUCCUGAUUUAUCAUCUGAAUCAGAGAUGGAACUGCAACUGGUUUGUCACCAGCUUCAUUUGUUUAAGUUUAUUUACUUUUUAGCAGAAGCAUAUGCUUCUGACUUAAUUCAGUUUUAUUGUUCUGUCCGUAAGAGAUAAUCAAACACGCUUGGGAGCCUUCGUUAAUUAGCGUUUAUUAAUGAGGAUUUACGAGUUGGUGGUAGUUAAUAACACAGCAGUUACAUUAAAAGUUUUGAAAUGAGAACCCGUGCAUUAAGAAAAGUUUUAUUUAAUUGUUGCAGGCUAUUCUAAGAAGCCUCAUGAUUCCACCUGAAUUGCCUGAUCCAUUAUCUGAAUCAGGGAUGGAAGAGAAACAGGUUAGUCAUCCACUUCUCUUAUUUUAGUUUAUGCACCUAUCUACGUAAACCCCGUGGGGGGGGGGGAAGUGCGGGCAAGGGGUGGGGAUUUGACAAAUUUUAAAAUUUUUGAUCAAAUUCCCCCAGGGUGGGAGACGAAAGGUCAAUCAAAAGUGUCAAAAAGCCCCCACCCCAGGGGAAAAAUCUAAACAAGCAAUACUAUAAUACUAUAUAAAACGAAUGAAAGAACAUUUCAAAAGUACGUUCUUACUACUUUUAUUUAAGGUUAACGUAAGCUCCGUUAAAUUACUCGCUGUAAUUAAGUAUUUUCUCUCUCCACUAGCAUCUCUUAUUUUGAACAACAUAAUCACUCCGGGAAGAUUGACCGUGCUAUUAUAUUAAUGAAACGUAACAUGCUUUCUAACAUCGGCUCAACAUGUCGGAACAGGUCGGAUCAGUGACCUGUAAAAAAUCCUCUGACUUUCAUGGUAGAAUUCGAUUUCAAUCGAGGUUUACAAUCAGAUGGGAACUUGAAGAUAAAAACUUUCUCAAAAUAGACAUUAUCUGUUUAGAUGUCAUGACAGUGUACAUGUAAAGUAUCGGAUUAUGGCGAUUAAAACAAAUGAAAACUUCAUGACUUUCUCCAACAGCGUGACUUUCAGAAAGCCUCGAGGGACGGACUUGGUUAUCGCUUCUGAAUUGAUACCAGGCUUCUAUCGGUCAAAGUCAAAUGUCCCGACCCCGGGGUCGCUUCGCACGAUCAAAAGCCCGACAGGGGGAUUGUCUCAGGCAUCAAAUCCCCGUCCCUUGCCCGCACCCCCACGGGAUUUACAUUGAUAGGUGCAUUAUUUACUUUAUCUUUGUUCUGUUUCAUUUAAGUUUCUAUUUCCCUUGAACUAAUUAAUGUUGGAUUUCUGUCAAUAAACAGGUGGGACAGGUGGGUUAUAUAAAGAUUUUGUUUUCAGAGACGUGUUAUCCGUUGCUUGGUCUAUCUUAAGUACAAAAGUAGAACAAGUUGUAUGAUCUUGUACAGCAAUGGGCGUGGUUAAAAUUGUAAAAAUUGCUCAAACCAUGCCUAGGAAACAACAAGACAGUAUUAAUAUCCUCGCAAAGCGUUAUUAAAUUGAUAUUUUUACACGCUUUAAUACCAGUAAAAAGAUGAUGAACCUUUCGUUUUUUUAUUUCAUAGGACAUGGAAACCCAGACCAAGUUCCAAAACUUACCCGAGUUGAAACAUUUACCAGUUAAUGAGGUAAAGCCUUCCUAUGACUUUGUUUUCAAACAGAGUAGCCUCAUUGUAUAAAAAAUGGUUAAUUAGGCUUCUGUUAGCGCGAUGCUUUACGGCAUGAGCGUUACUUGAUGAUAUUGUUGACUUUGGUAUUCGAACGAAACAUUAAGAAGGUAAACAUUGCCGAUUUCGUGUUUUUUAGCAGGAUAAAAAAGGAAACCUCAAACCAGGAGAUGCAAGAUCGUUUGGUGAAUCAUGCGACCCUCAGGAACAGGUGGGUACUCAAAUUUUGUAGAGAAAGAAAUAGGUCCCUCCAUUCAAAACCGUUUUACUAUGAUAUAGUAUAUAAUAAGUUACUCUUAGAGCAGUGACGGAUCCGGACCUUGAGAUAAGGGCGGAGGUGGAUCAUUCAGACCCUAAGAUGGGAGGGGGGGGGGGGGGGGGGCCGGUCUCCAAAAAAAAAUUUGGCCUCAGUUUGGUCAAAAAGGAGGGAGGGGGGGUCGGACCCCCGGGUCCCUCCCCUGGAUCCGCCAGUGAAGAGGGUAGAUGGAUGUUUUAAAGCUUAAGUGUGUCGUUUGUCACAGGAUGAGGAAGGAAUCGAAUAUGAACAGCCAUUUUUAAAUCACAUGAGCUGAAUCAAAAGCAGGUGUGUUACCAGGUGAUUUUCUUUGAGAAAAAAAAAACGUUAAAUGGUUUCCGCAAAAUUUUUCUUUACAAUGAAACGACGUGUCGACUGUUUCCCUUUGAUUCUCGACAAGUAGGUCAAACCCAAACAAACAUUUAUGUUAUUACCAUUGCUAGUAUGUGACUUGAAAAAAAAAAACUGGCGAGCCUCUGUUAAAUGACCACCUCUCAUAAGCAAACGCGACCCUUUUUUUCAACUGAUAUUUUAAAAGAGAGGAAAACAUUAACAUAAUCAUUAUCCGUCCAUGUUUAAAAACUGCCCGUUUGCGAUGAGCUGGCGUAGGAUCCAAUAUGCUGAGGGUGCGAAUAAUGGCACGAUAUCCAUUGUUCGCUUUAUGUACUACGUAAUUCUUGAAAAUAUACGUGGCGAUUUUAGUGACAACACGGCAUUCCAAGCAUUUAAGCUUAGAAUUAUAUUCAAGAACAUCGGCAGAUCUGUCAGAACUGCCCCCUUUAGAGCCCCCUACCCCCCCCCUUAUGAUCCGACUCUCGUAGCAAAACAGCAAACCAUGCUCAAACGUUCUUGAAACGCAAACAAACAUAGAAAUAUGCAGGCAAAGUUGUAUCGUCAGCUGGUUUGUCAGUUCUGAAUAGCUUUCCUUGUUCCUUGUCUUGGUAGGAAAUGGGGUCACAGACUGAAUUGCAAGACUCUCUACCUGAGUUGGAGCGUAUCUCUCUUCAUGAGGUAAUUACGGCAGACUUCCGAAGUCUUCCUCUUCAGACAGUGAUAAAAUAAAAUAAACCUUCACAGCGUGAAACGAACUUAUUUAGGCUUCUUUUUGGUAACGAACAUGUUAAUAGGGGAGUCGGCCAAUUUUUCUUUCACUACCAGAAAGACACACACAAGUGUGUAGAUACAGGAUCCUGUAGGUCACUGAUGGUCAGUUUAUUUAAGAUAUUAGAACUGCUAUAAAGUCAAAAAAUGAUCAUGCUUAUAAAAUCGCUUCUUUGAAAUGUACUCUCAACCUGAACUCAAAUUACAAAAAUGAAGCAUUUUCUUUGAAUAGAGGCCGAAAAAAACGAAGGCCAAAGUUGGUAUCUAAGAGGGCUGUUUUGGAAGUAUUAAUAAUCACAGGGCUGAGACGCGAUACUCUCCGUUGUUGACAGAGAUGUUGCAAUUUUCACAACCCGACACGCGAUAACGCGUUAUGAGUUUCAAGUAAGUCAGGGCAAAUUAUAGCAAAAUUCGCUUCCAUUCUGCCGUCUCAUUAUCACUGUCAACAAUGUCAUGGAUCUUGAUAAUAUCGUGAUACAAACACCACUUUAUAUAGGAAAAGGGAACGUAUACCCGUACCCCCAACUUGCUGAAAUCAUCUGCCAGUCUGUCAACUCGGGGGAGAGGUCAGCGGAAACUAUAAAUCGCUGAAGACAAAUAAAUCACAUUUUACAAUAACAUUGUGGUGUCGAUGACAUUGCUGACCUAGAAUGAUUCAAAUUAGUAACUGAUGGCUACACGGUAGACCCGUUCCUGUAAUUCGUACUGACAGAAUAGCUAUUGCUGUCUAUUCCGAGAUGCUAAACUGUCCGAAUUACCAUGCUUCUUUAGGUAGCAAAGGAGAGAUUGUGGUGUAUAAGCUUACAAGCCUCAUAACCAUCAACAGAGGUUUUACAGUUUAAAUAUUGUCCAACAACAUUGGGAUUUUUAUCCCGGGUGGGGUUCUAUGAUUAUUUAAGGGGGGAAGGGGUGUGCCGCUUUGUCCCUGGUUCCCUUAGUCUUCACCCGACCAUUUGCCGCCCUGGUCUAGAAAAAACACCUAAGAUCCCACCCUAUAUAUCCAAGAAGAACUGCGAACCGGAAUAUCCAGUUCUUCUUACCGCUGAUCAAAGAUUGUAAAUAUUGUAAUAUACCUCAUUCUAGACUCUACAUCAGCUUAUAAACCACACCUUUAACCGUGGAAAUGAGGUAUAUGUAACAUUCCCUUGGGGAGGGGGGGUGGUGAUUUAUUAGGCCAACUCCAGAUAAGCAUGCAUCAUGACGAUUAAACUGUGAGGAAUUAACUAACCCUCUAUUAGUUGAUUUCCUGUACAGAAAGUUCACAUACAAAGAUGCUUGUCAUCUCUGUAUUGGUGCAUAUGUUUCAUCAUCUGCAAUAGACCCUAUUUGACGGUCAUAUCGCACCAAGCACAUUUGAAAUAAAAUAGCAUUGCUUUAUAAAUCGUUGGUGAUCCACAAAAUCAAAACCCAGAACAUCUGUUUCAUGCACUCAUGAUUGACGCCUAAAAGGUUAAAUUGUUGUAGGUUUUGCCAGUUUGUAUCAUCACUCGUUCUUGUCUCACUUUCAUUUGUUCAGACUGAAUUGGUUGACGACCCUCAUGUACAACCAAAGCAAGUGUCCACCAGCAGUACUACCUUAGACACUCGCCCCAGUUCUCAGGACGCGCCAUUUACUGUUGCUGUUCCAGCGCCCUCCGCUUCACCUGGUAAGGAUUCUUACGACAUCUUAAUUAAAAUUGCGAAGUUUACAACUCCUAUGUGAGCAUAGAAAUAGAACAAUGACACGUGGUUGGUUUUUUCUCCCGAAAGGAAUUCUUAGUAAAGCGUACUCGGCUUGUAGGAUUUGUUGUUCAAUGUAGAUCGUUUUAUAAUUGCAUAAGGGUAUUCGACGAUAUAUUCUCUCAAAAUUAGCCACAAAAAGUCCAAACGAAUGAAGUUUAUCAAUGUUGUUUGAAAGCAGAGAAGUAUUAUGGAUCAGAAUCGUCAGUCAGGAUUCAGGCCAAUUUAUUUCAAUUAAUGAAAUCCAGUCUUUUGCAAAGCAACAUUUCUGUCUGAAAAGUUACCGCGUACAAUACUAUCACCACGUUAAUUUCCGGACCUUAUUUCUUUACAGCUAGUACAUUGUUAGUGCGAGCUUUUAUUCCUAUGGCCCAUGGACCCAAUCCUGGCUUCCAUGUCCGUCCAAACCUCUCCCCUCGAGGUCAGGCUCAAGAUCACAUCCCCUCCCCCUCCCUGUGGAGAUACCCCGUCACAGUACCGCCCCCACCAGGCAUGCCGGGAUAUUCUGUCUUUCGUCCGAUGCUGACACCACCACCAACUGAUUCGGAGCCGCCGAGCACAAGUUCAGAAGAUCCAGUUGACUGAUCAAAUGGUGGACGCUCUUGUCGCAAGUCUCUGAAGCUUGAGCCACAAUACUGUGGUGUACACAAAAUUCCGAUAGUGGAGAAUCCAGAGAAUCGUACAAUCUCUCUGUAAACUUACUACAGUGAACAAAGAAACAGAAUUUUAAAAUUUGUUGUCAUCUAACUCAGACAACUUUCUUCAAGUUUUCAUUGUUCUUCAGUAUUUGUAUCUAUUUUGGUUAAAUUCGUUUGUAGUCUGUCAUUGACACAAUGCGACUUUUUAGAAUGCUAUAAUGAAAACUCUAUCGGAGAGUAACCCGGAUCAAGAAUAUUUUCAUGUAUACAAUCUGUACUAAUUUUAACUGUAUCUUAUUUUUGCUGGAUACGUAAGACUUUUGCAGUAUUUAAAACAGGGACAGCAUGAUCAUGUAUAAAAUAAAUUGAGUGGUUGUUUUGUAAAUAAACAAUAAUUUAGAC